CAAAUUUCAAUACAAAGCCCUACUCUGCCAUUUGGUCCUCCUCUUACAACCACCGUCGACUCGAGCGUGGUUUUCUUUUUCCGUUCAUCAAAGUUGGAAGAUUCCCAUGGCUAAUUAUCUCUUAGAUGAUGUCUUCACGGUUCAGAAGCUGGACCCGGAUGGUAAAAAGUUCGAUAAAGUUUCUCGCAUUGAAGCAAGCAGCAGCGACCAACAACAAUUCUUCAUGCAGCUAGAUGUAAACACGGAUAUAUAUAAACUUCACGUUGGGGACAAAUUUAAUAUGGUAUUAGCAGCUACCCUAAACUUGGAUGGAACACCUGACAGUGGUUAUUUUACUCAGGCUCAGGGUGGAAGGCAGUCACUUGCGGACAAGUUUGAUUAUGUUAUGCAUGGAAAGCUGUAUAAGAUCUCAGAUGUUUCAGGUCCAUCAGGACCUAAAGUGGAGAUGUUGUUCUCCUUUGGAGGGCUUCUGAUGCUGCUUCAGGGGGACUCCAGCGAUGCAAAGAAGUUGGAGCUUGACCAGAGGUUGUUUCUCCUCAUGAAGAAGGUCUGAAACUACAUUAUGCCCCAUGAACGAACUUGGUUAGGGGUUGGCCUCAAGUCUGAUGCGCUCCUGUGUUUCUGAACCUUGGAUUUAGUUGGUAGUCGUUUGCUCUCUCUCUCUCUCUCUCUCUUGGGGUUUGUGUGUAUCUUUGCUCAAAUCCUUGUGUACUUUUGUGCCAUGAUUAAUUAAGAAUAAUCUGGUCAGUGCAGACAUCCGUGUUUUUCUCUUAUUGGAACCGUUUCUAUUAUCUGAAA